AUGGGGCUGGUCUUGGCACGUGUCGAGUCACCUCUUUGGGCUCGCGUAGGAACUGCGCAAUUGCCAGCACUGAAACAAAUCAUUUUCUCUCUCCAGAUGAUUAUAGAUGACGGCAUGGUUACCUAUCAUAUUUGGACCUGCAACGUCCGCUCGGAACACGGGCCACUGGGUGGUGGCCGCCAGAAUCAGCAUGGAUACCUAAAAAGAAGGGGCGCAGACGUUCUGGAUCGCAAAAACAGAGUUUCGCACAGGAUCGUCCUGGUUGUUGCCAAAGUUUAUCGGCAAACCGGCACGGGCGGCACUCGGAACCGAGCCCUGAACUGUGACUGGGUGUCAUGA